AUGGACUUUCCCGGAAAUGCCAGUACCAAUAUUCAUCUUAUUGAUGGCUUCUCCACGAUCUAUUGGAGGAUAUACACAGAAGAGACAAGCAUUGCGAACAAUCCACCCGAAGGUCCACCCAAUGGUUACACAAUUUUGAAGCAUCUCAGUCGUUUGAAAGAUCUAGAGGCCAAGCUACGACUUCUCAACUGUUUGGCUUCAUGCCCGAGGCGCCUUGGGCUGUGGGUUUUCUCCCCUACUCCGGACUUUGAAAGCUUAGGAACUUUAUAUGUGAAGGAGGGAUGCGAAGUGUCCAAGAAAAUACUAGUUGAUACGACCAUUCUCAAAGUCUCCGCAUCGGGCAGCAUCGCAUCCCAAGACUUAAUUAGAAGCCUUUCGUCGGAGACUCAAAACCAGGCCGGACCUCAAACUGGGCAGCAAAGGCCCCAGCAGAGUCAAUCCAAUGCCAGGCGACCCGAGAGCCAUAGUAGCUCCGCUGCUAUUUAUGCCUCCUUUAUUUCUGCCGUUACCGGCGCAAUCAGCCUACAUAUGAUUCGCUCUCACGGUGCCUUUCCCCUCGGUUCCCGCACUCUGUUUACGGCGGUGGAAAAGGUGGGCUACGAGAGCCCACGUGUCGAUAAUGAUAGCCCAUUUUCUAAGUCUUGCUUAACGUCAAUGAAUAUCCAACUAAACGGCUCUGGGACAUUGAUGAUCUCGACACAAACUAUCUCUCAGGUUGGUAUUUCACGUCUUUGUGGUCCCCAGGACAACACCACAGAUGUUCUACAAAUGCAGCCAGGUACCGAUCUCUGGCUGUGUCCAAAUGGAACCGUUGCACGGCUUGUCUCCGCCAAUGUUGAACCUCCAACGGUCCCUUCGCCUGGAUUUGCGGUCUCCGGAAAUUUUGCAGCGAAAAAAAGACAAUGGAAACUGGACGUGGUACAAUGGCUAGUGAAUUUCGGUUUGCAUAUUAACUCUGUUGACGAGGAAGUGUGGGUUGAGGUAGAAGUAUGGGAGCCCUUUUUCGCAAGGUUGGCUGGGGAGGCAUGGCGGCAAACCGAUGAGCCCCAAUCUCCACUCCCUUUGAAACGCAUGCUGUGGCCCGCAAGAUUUUGCUUCAAAAGAACCUCUUCCGAAACCAAGUCUCAAAGGAACGAGAAAUCUUGGCCCUUGGGCCUUGCCGACGAUCCACUUGACUUUGCAGAGCGAUGGCCAUCAGAGGCUGAAACUUCCCUAGCAAAUAACCAUUUGACGCCCGCUCUUGUGAUAGAUGAACCUCAACCCAAAGAUGAAGACAUGUCAUCACCUAAAGUUGACGGCUUGGACGGUUUCGAGAGUCUCUCUCGAAUGGCCCAAUACACCGACCUUCCAACCGCCAACCUGGUUUACCCAACUCCUCCCGAAGGGGCUGCUGCGAUAGGAUUGAACCAUGUAAAUCCGAUGGACAACUUUCGCGACGAUACCGACUUUCAAAUGUCCCCGAAUGCACAGCAAGAUCCGAAAACCGGCCCAAAUUUUAAGCUUUCUCCCGAGGUUGGCAUUGGAACGGGCCGCUACGAUGCCAGUGAUGAUGAAGAUCUCUUUGGCGAAAUGAACGAGAGGGAUUUUGGAUCGAAAGGAAUCACUGAUGCUGAUUUCAGCUUUUUCGAUGACCCGGAUUUUGAUAACAUGCAUGACGAUUCCCCUGCUGUUCCUAACCAGGAAUCUUUACUGCCUGCGCUGGAAGAAAGUCAGCUUGAGGAGAGUGCAGCGGAUACAAAUGAUCUACCCUCUAGCGCCCCUCCGGAUGUUCAAGAUCCUGCCCAAGGCGUAACAUUGGAGGAACCGCUGCCCAAAGAGACAGUACACGAAGAUAUGGAGCCAAGUAACGGCCCCAUAGCCAUGGAAACGUCGCCUGGAGACUCACCAGACCACAAGAGUCCAGCCAUCAUCAGUCCUCCUUUAAGCCCCGUGGAGGUUAAGAAGAUCCUGUUCUCGGGGGCAGAAAAAGAAGGCACUCAGCGACCUUUAGAUGGCCGCACUUUACAAGGGCACUACCAUCCAGUGGCUUUUGAAAAGAAAAUUGGAGACUGGAACGAAAAGUAUGGAGCUGCGGGUAAAUUCUGGUUUGCUUCCGGGGGUAAGCUUGAUUCUUCAGAUCAAGGCCCGAACUCCAUUCCCACAAUUGGACUCCCUCAUCGCAGUCGAUCCGGGCUUAAUGGCACAUACGCAAAGUUGGCAGGCAAAAAUGCUUCGCCGGUUACAUUGGAUAAUGACUUUGAGGCCGCUGCGGACUCAGACAGUGAAACCAGUGGUGAUAGCGACGAGUCACCCUCCGAACAUGUCCCCACCCCAAUCAUUGUCCCAUCUUUGAAGAGAAAGCGAGUGCCUUCUGAGUCUGAUGUUCAAUCCGCCGCAUCCCCAGCCAAAUCCGCCGGUGGGCCUGAUGUGAAUUCUAAUCUGAAGGUUGAGAAUUGUACUUUUCUUGGGAAUUUCCUUGCCAACUUUUCAGAUUGGUCCUUUAUUGGUUAUUUCUCUGCGUUUCAGGCACAGCAACUUCCAGUUCUUGUGCGAAGAGAAGACCAGAUUCCUAUCGCUCAGCUGCUCGUUGACCAGAUCACGCAGUCCUCGCUGGAUCACCCGCUUGGUGGUUGCAUUGGCCUUUUUGAACUCGAAAACGAGAGUUUGACAUGGCGGACUAACCUCGAAGAGACAACCUUCCUGGGUGAGGUCGCGAAGCUUGAUCUCAAGGCAUAUGCGUCCUUGCAAGAUGAGGUGACUGCAACGCCUGCGCAGCAGCCCCCUAAGGAUUCUCCCAAAGGGUCUAUUUCAAGGGUAGCUGCUCCACACGUACGCAUGCGUCGGGGCAAGGAGUACCUAGAGACCCUUCCCCCUGCCAUUUCUUUCUGGGAAACAUUCGGUCUUGAGCCUGCCCAUGGGCCAAAAGAUAUAUCGGCUUACUGUAUCCAUCCUUACGCGGCGACCAGUGCAGCCGAUACAUUUUUGAAUCGAUUUGGCCUUCAUUACCAGAGUUGCAAUCUAGGAAGUCAUACCAGAGGCGACAAGUCUCUAGGUUUUGAGAAUGGACUUCGAUCAUGGGAUUCAGAGUCGUCUAGCUAUGCUACUAUGAUGCAAUCGCUGAAAAGUCUAUGUGAAGAACUCGGAACCGAUCUGUCUCAGUACUCACCUAGCACAGACAAUUGUGUUAUCUAUAUCAUCAAUCCGUUUCCACAUGCCGCAGCACUUGCUGAUAUUUGUGCGGCGUUUUGGAAUCUGUUUCAGCAAAUGGCUGCUGACGCAGAUCGUCAACACGGUCAGCCAAUUAAUGAGGUUGCCCUACAGAUUAUUCCGAUGGACUUCAUCAUGUCUGAGGAUUCUAUGGUUGUGCCUACUCAGACGGAAUACCUAAACCUAGCUCUGGAAGUUUACAGUCGUUGUCGCCCCAAGGACACCAGCUCAGGCCCUUUACUUGGUGCUCCGGCAGUCCUUCUGGCUGAUCCUUUGCCAAAAGCUAUUAAUUUCCGCCUUGCACCCGACAAGGGUUCGCCUCUGCAGGAUGGGAGAAGUCUCCAUAUCGCCUACUCCAAAAGUUCUGAUCAGCGAUGGUUGUCUGUAGCAUGGUCCGAUAGCAGUGGCAGCCUUCAAACUAGUAUGUCCUAUUGCUUGCGAUAUCGCAAUCGCGGUACUGCUAGAGCAAUCGCAGAAGUGCGCAAUGAGGUAUGGGCUACCACGCGGCACAUCAUGGAGAAAUUCCAAGCUCAGUGGAAAGUCAUCUUGGUCAAUUCCGAACCUAUCGAUCCCGAUGAAGUGGAAGCGUGGAGCAAUCUGGCUGAGCAACAGAAUAAGAUGCGACCAGGAUCCAUAGAGUUGGUUAUAGUGGCCGUCAACACUGUUCCCGACCUAUCCCUCGAGCCAAAUGCCUCUUACAUUACCUCUAGCGUUCUCAAUCCACAUUUUUCCUCUACUCCCGUCUCGACUCCGAACCCAAGUGUUAGCAUUGCUUCGCCCGAGCAAACAGGCAACGCCCCGACACCCAGCGCAACCUACAACGCACCAACUCCUACCGAACUCUCCCUAGAACCUGAUUCGGAUGUCGUUCUCACCGACAUCUCGGAUGAAUCCUGGGCAGUUACACUGUCCCACCGUCUGAACAGUUCCCCACACGUUACCGAAUUCCGCCCCGCGCUGGCUAGCGGGUAUCUUCUUCGCCGAAAGGGCAUCACCGAUGGCGACGGCGUGUUCACAAUGACCGCCAAUCUUAUUCAUUCACAACGGCCUGCUUCAUUGCACGAAGGUCUCCUUAAGGACAUCUUAGGGAUGUAUCGGGAUCUUGCGUCCCUGGCCCGGGCAAGAGGCAUGCGCAGCGUCCAAGGCAACACGCUGCCAUGGCAUAUUGCCACCGCAUUACGUGCGCAGGAGCUCCUGAGCUAUGUUUUCUAG